GUUGUAGAUUUAUUAAAUAGUAUCUGCUAUAAUUAAAUUUUUAAGUAUUAAAUAUGUCUGGUAAAAGUGAUCUGUGUAAAAUUUGGACUAGAUUUGAGUCUAAAAAGCAAGAUGGGAGUAUUAUUAAACUACGAAUACAAAGUUGGCCGUUACAACCAGAAGAUGAUGUUUACGAAUUUAUGAUAAAAUAUUUUGUUCCCGACGAGGCUAUUCAUAAAGCUGCAGGCAUAGCAAAAAGUCAAGAAGCAAUAAAGGAGUAUCGGGAGCUAAUGAACAUACUUUUUAAAGUAGCUCCGCUCCAUGCCACGGUUUGUUGCUUUGACACUGACACUACUACUGUAGAAAAAAUUCUAGGUGCGUCAAUAGUCCAGUUGAUGAAGAACACUGAUAAACUAGAGGAUAUAACAAAACAUAUGGUCUUCAAGACCGCAGAAAUGCAAGAAUUAUUGCACGCUGCAAAAGUAUUAGAAGGUUAUCUUGAAGGAAAGGCAGGUUAUGAGACUUUUUACUUUGGCAGAGGGAUCAGUGUACAUCCAGAUUACAGGAGAUUGGGUAUAGCAAACGAGCUUAUAAAAGUGCGAAAAUUGAUUUGCAUCGACAAUAAUAUUCCAAUGGCAUGUGCUGGGAUGUCAGCGAGGGGAACCCAAAAGGCAGCUGAUAAAAACAACUGGAAGACAUUAUCAGAAGUGUCUUUAGAAGAACUGCAAGAGAAAACUGGGCUUAAACUAGAGAAGAAUAUAAUAAGUCACAAACUCAUGUAUACUACAAUAGAUUAAAGUA